GCUAGCUACUCACUUAAUAUCCUUAUUCUGUUCCAAGUAAUUAGAACGCGACGUCCAUAACUUAUAGCCAUUUAAAAUUUAGGGUAUUUUCGAGCUGGUUUAACGAAUAAGUAAUAGAGUUGAAUGUCUUGUUAUAAAUUCAAAGACUAGCAUUGGAUGGACAGGAAUCUUGAAGACGCGAAGACGUUGGACGAGCCAAUUCUUCAUAGCUUAGCAAUUGCUCUUCUAAAGAACGAAUAUUGGAGUCUUUAUUUAACUCCAGAACAAAAACGGAAAUAUAUAAAUAUCAUUAAUGAUGUACGGUUGUGGAAUCGAUUUAUAAACGUGAGAAACUGGGAUACACUAUGCGACGAAAAAGACCCUUCAGGAGGCAGUGAGGAAGAUGAGGAGCUAGACAUGACAACUCUAUUUCGAUGCCGAUGUAUGUUAUAUGACGCUCAAAUUAAUGGUGGAUUGUUCGCUACACGAAACGCUGAAGGUCCUUCCAGUCAAGUAACUAAGGAGAAUGAGAAGGAUAUACCUCAUGAAACUCAGAAUAUCGAGCAAAGCGAAGAAGAGAAAAAGAAUGAAAUAGAACAAGACUCGAGGAAGAAGAGUUCAACUCGAGAAAUUAACGAGAACGACUAUGACGAACCUGACAGCGAUGCUAAUCAGCCCAAAAAUGACGAAAAACAGGAAGCUAGUGGAGCUUCAUCUCGUUCGUUUGUAGACUUAGAGUCCAUCGAUAUUGAUGAUAUGGACGUUUCAGGAUCAAGCACUAUUGAGUCUAGCAAGGUUCUUAGCAAUAUUGCCUAUAACUAUGUGUAUUAUACCCUAGAAGAUGAUUUACUCGAUCAAGAUGAAGUUGAGAAAUUAGAGACUGAUGGUCCAUCUUCACCUGGGAAAGCUUCAUUUCCUCAAAAUUCUUCCGAUACUUCAUGGACUGAAAAUUUUUCUCAACUACAUUCCAAAUUUGGCCAUUUUACUGCGAAUUUCAAGAAUCUCUUGAAAUAUCUUGAAAACAACCGAAACGUAGUUGGUGCUUCUGACGCUGAAAUCAAACAGUUGCUUGCGGAUGUCCGAAAAAGCAGAUCAAAAUGGGCAAAUGAACAAAGAAUAGGGCAAGAGGAAUUAUAUGAGGGCGCUGAAAAAGUCAUUAUGCACCUUCGUAAUUACACUGAGCAUUCCUUGCCUUUUUUGACAAAAGUCAGCAAGCGCGAUGCACCUGACUACUACAAUGUUAUCAAAGAGCCAAUGGAUUUGGGAACAAUGCUUCGGAAAUUAAAAGCACUGCAGUAUAACAGUAAAAAAGAAAUUGUUCAUGAUUUAAUGCUUAUUUGGUCUAAUUGCUUAACAUAUAAUUCACAUCCGGAACAUCCGCUACGAGCUCAUGCUUUAAUUAUGAAAAAAAAGUCGCAAGAGCUACUCAACAUCAUUCCAGAUAUCGUAAUUCAGUCUAGGAAAGAUUACGAUGAAACUUUGAUGGAAGCAGACCUUGAGAGUGACGAAGAAUCCAGCGAAAAAACUUCAAAGCAUACUACAUCAAAGAAAACCUCAUCGAGAGGUGGACAAAGCAAGCGAUCUGUUGAAGUACACACUGACGUCCCAAAUAGUCCUGAUGAGGGCGAUAAACAAGGGCGAAAAGAAGAAGAUCAGCAAAAGAAGGAAGAAAGUUCACAUUUACCUCCUUCCUCUGAAUUUGCUGAAAUUCCCGAAGAGAAACGCUCUGCGGAAGAAGAAAAUACCGCUCGUGCUCAAAAUGAGAUUGAGGAUAAAGUUGUCUCCGAUGUUGCACAUGAAUUUUGGAAAAAUAAUUCAAAGUCUAGACGUUUUGAAUGCAUUAUGCGGAAUAGGAAUAUGCUUGGAAAUUUGAAUGCUGUUGAAAAUCCCUCUUUGUCUUGUAGGUCUCCUGAAGCCAUGACAUCUUUUAUGAAUAGAGAAAAAGCUUACGAAAAAUUUUCUGCACGCUCAGAAAGUUUAAGUGGUAUAUUGGAUGUCUCCAAUUUAAGCUCUAAUUACGACUCUCUAUUCGAAUACGAUGUAGCUUCAGGAGUUCCUGUUCAUUAUUUUGCCGAGAGCAAUGUCGGACCUACUGAAGAUGGAGUCUUCAAUAAUUACCUACUUUGGGAAAUGAAUCAUCAAUCGCCAGGACUUUCCUCUUCUAUUUACAAGAAUAUAUCGAAAAUGCAGCAGAUACGAAAGCUGUGUAAUAAAAUUCAGACAGUUAGGCAGAUGCAACUUCCGCAACCGUUUUACUCUGAUUAUUAUCGAAGUAACAUUCCUUUCGCCAAUGAGGAAUCGAUUUUAUUAGACGUUCCGCAAAACUUUGAAGAAGUUUCCGAUUUUCAACCUGUUGCUCAUGGGAUUUUAAAGAAACUCUGUUCAGUAAUUCUAUUUCACGCUGGAUUCGAUUCUUUCCAUUCCGAGGCCUUAAACGCAUUGACGGAUGUAGCAGCAGAUUACAUGAAGAAUGCUGGUACUUUGAUGAAGAAGUAUUUAUCGGAGAAGCAAAAGGAUUCCAAAGAAGAAAUUAUCAAUCAAACCCUUCAAGAGCUCGGUGUAUCUGGUCCGGAAACAUUGGUUUCUUACGUAUUUGAUGACAUUAAACGCUAUGGUAUUAAAUUGGAUGAAGUUCAUCAGAGGCUGCAUAGACAUCUCGUAGAGCUUUUACGGCCCGCACUUUCAACUACGAAUGAUGAAGAGGAAAUUUUUGGACGAGAUAGUGAUUCAUUUAUAACAGGAGGAUUUUCAUAUGAUACCGGAGAUGAUUUCUUUGGAUUACGAGAACUAGGUUUAGAGAAAGAACUCGGGUUGGAUUCAUUGUCUGUACCUUUGCAUCUAUUGCAAAGUAGGCUGAGACUUAAUAUGAGUCAGCAGCCAGAACUAACCACUGAAAAUACAAAAGAAUACCCUCCUGCUCCCAGAUACCCACCGAUUACCAGAGAGAGUCUGAAGGACGAAAUUGGCCUUAUCCAAGGCUUUCUGUCUUCAAGGAUGGAUGAGUUUGGCCUAAAUGAAUUAAUUGAGGAUGAAGAUAUUCGGCCUCGAAACAAGCCUCCACGGCCUCGAUUACCUCCCAAUGGAAAGAUCACGACUGGGAGAAAACGCAUUGCAUCCUCCGUGUUUUUGAAUCAGUCUUUACGGAAGAAGAAAUGCUUAAAAAAUGCUGAAGUAUCACAAUCCAACGAGAUGCCAUCUACUGUGCAAGAAGAGAAAGCAUAAGGUUAUUUAUUUUCAAUUUUAAGUUUUGAGAUGUUUAAUUUUCUAAAUGUACAUAAUCUCCCG